UUGCAAUUGGGUAUCUUUGAUUUAUGGACCCCUGAAAAUCAUUACAGAUGGACCAAAUCCAGAUAUGGUGGUCAUGUUUCUGGCAGUGUUGAAUCAGUGGACCGCUCUCGCUUUUUGCUAUGCAAUGUGGAUGCUGGGGAAGUUGAGAGGCUCAAGUCCCAGAAACUUCAGCUGGAUGAAGCAAUCUCUACAUUAGAAGAUAAUCUCAGGGCAGUUAAGAGUGAGUUGAGGAACAUAGAAGAUGAAGGUGCCAAACUUGAAAAACAACGUGAAGAGAUUAUAAAUGAGUCACUACAUGAGAAGAAAAGAAGGCGUGAGAUGGAAAACCGUGUCAAGCAGCGCAUGAUAAACCUGAAAUCUUUGGAAAGAGAGGAUGAUCUGGAUAGUGUAGCUGCAAAGCUUAUUGACCAGAUCAAAGCUAUGAAGAUUCAGCGAUUCCAACUUGCAAUGGAAAUUAAGAAUUUACUUAUUGAUGCUGUGGCUCACAGAAGAAGUUAUGCUGAACAAAACAUGGCAUCCCUUGAACUUGCGCUGAAGGUUAAAGAGAUGGAAGCUAAUGUGAAGCACCAAGAAAAAUUUGCAGUACAAGCAUCUCUGCAUUAUGAGUACUGUAAAAAGGAGACAGAGGAAUACCGGCAACAAUUGGAAGCUGCCAAGAGGAAUGCAGAAUCAGUAGCUAUUAUAACUCCAGAACUUGAGCAAGCUUUUUGCGAGAUGCCAUCUACAAUUGAGGAGUUGGAUGCGGCUAUUCAAGAUACCAUUUCUCAAGCCAACUCCAUUCUUUUCCUGAACCAUAAUGUUCUAGAAGAGUAUGAAGCACGUCAGAAAAAAAUAGAAUCUCUUUCUAAGAGUCAAGAGAUGGAAGAAGAGAAAUUAAGCAACCUCACUAACGAAAUCAAUGCUUUAAAGGAAAGGUGGCUGCCAACAUUAAGAAGUCUUGUUUCUCAAAUCAACCAGACUUUUAGCCGUAAUUUCCAAGAAAUGGCUGUUGCAGGAGAAGUUUCAUUAGAUGAGCAUGACAUGGACUUUGACAAAUAUGGGAUACUAAUUAAAGUCAAGUUCAGGGAGACGGGACUACUCCAAGUUCUAAGUGCCCACCACCAAUCUGGAGGAGAACGAUCUGUUUCAACUAUUCUUUACCUAGUUUCUCUCCAAGACCUAACAAAUUGCCCCUUUAGAGUGGUGGAUGAAAUAAAUCAAGGAAUGGAUCCUAUCAAUGAGAGGAAAAUGUUUCAGCAACUAGUGAGAGCUGCCAGCCAACCCAAUACACCGCAGUGCUUCUUGCUUACCCCAAAGUUGCUGCCAAAUCUUGAAUACAGCGAAGCAUGCAGCAUUCUUACAGUAAUGAAUGGGCCCUGGAUUGAGCAGCCAUCCAAAGUUUGGAGUGGUGGAGAAUGCUGGAGAUCUAUUAUGGGCUUAACUUCUGUUGCUGCUGACUAGAAUCAGUAAUAUUUGUGGUACCAGGAACUGUCCAUAAGAAAAAAUUACAAUUUUCUAGUUGAUCAUCAUUUUGCACUGUUAAAAGCUGAACCAUGGUAUUGUUUUUGAAAUUUUUUAAAUAGUGCAUAAUUUUUUUGUACGCAUAAUUCGUAGUACUGCCCUUGUUUAUAGUAGUAACAUAGAGGUAUUCCCUCUGUUCGAACUUCAAUAAUUUCUCCUCCAUUCUCUUUGUUUAUAUAUAUAUAUAUUCAGAAAUUGUUCACUCUAUAUAUUACUCUUCGGGUAUCAAUACAUUGCUUUCUUUCUAGUGUCCCUAUCAAGAUAAUCAGUAACGGAAAUGGAUGAAGAAGCCGUUUUUCUAA